AAGUAGAAUGAGCAGAGGAAAACAUGGGGAGAACCAUUUUGCUUCUCAUGACUGUGGUCCUUGUAGCUUAUUAUGUUUAUACCCCUCUUCCAGGUGAUAUUGAAGAGCCUUGGAAACUGAUACUCGAAAUAACGACAGGAAACCUUGAGCUAUCUUACCAGGAAGCUUCUCUUGCGGAACUUCUGGGAAUCAGUCAUUUCAUGAGCACAAUACACUUGUUUAGUAGAUUUCAAGAAGUCCCGGCCACUUCUGAUGAAAAUGUCACUGUAAUAGACACAGCUUUCAACAGUGUUCCUGUUCGCAUAUACAUGCCCAAAAGGAAGUCAGAGACCCUCAGGAGGGGCCUGUUUUAUAUUCACGGUGGUGGCUGGUGUUUGGGGAGUGCAGCUCUGUCUAUGUAUGACCUUCUAGCAAGACAGACAGCUGAUAGACUUGAUGCUAUUGUCGUGUCAACUGACUAUGGCUUGGCCCCCAAAUAUCAUUUCCCACGUCAGUUUGAAGAUGUAUACAGUGCCUUACGAUGGUUCUUACAGGAGGACAUUCUUGAAAGAUAUGGCGUAGAUCCUCGAAGAGUUGGUGUAGCUGGGGACAGUGCUGGUGGGAACUUAGCUGCAGCUGUGACCCAACAGCUCAUACAGGAUCCAGAUGUCAAGACAAAACUCAAGGUUCAGGCCUUAAUAUAUCCUGCCCUUCAGGCUCUUGAUAUAAAUUUACCAUCGUAUCAAGAAGGUUCAUAUUUUCCAUUGUUAACACCCUCAGUGAUGGCCAGGUUUUGGAGUGAAUACUUUACUACAGAUCGAACCCUGGAGAAAGCCAUGCUUCUCAACCAACAUGUACCUCUGGAAUCCAGCCAUCUGUUGCAAUUUGUGAACUGGAGUUCCUUACUCCCUGAGAGGUAUAAGAAAGGUCGCGUCUAUAAGAGUCCUACUCCUGGUAGUUCUGAACUGUCUAAAAAGUACCCAGGGUUCCUAGAUGUGAAGGCAUGCCCUCUGUUGGCCAACGACAACACUUUGAGUCACUUACCUCUGACCUAUAUCAUCACUUGUCAGUAUGAUGUCCUAAGAGAUGAUGGACUCAUGUAUGUGACGCGGCUCCAGAAUGUUGGAGUUCAGGUGACACAUCACCACAUUGAGAAUGGAUUCCAUGGAGCAUUUACCCUUCAUGGUUAUAAAAUUGCACACAAGAUGCAAAAUCAGUACUUGAGUUGGCUCAUGAAAAAUCUAUAGCAAAACCUGCUCAAUGAAUUGUUGAAGAUACAUAAAUAACAAAAAAGAAAUAAACUAGGAAAAACUAUGGUUUUGAGGUUUCAUAUCCUGUUUAAAACCUCUGUUGUUCCUAAGGAGUUGGUAGCUUCUGUGUUUUGUUACUGUUUUUUAUUAUUAAAAGACAUCUUUCUAUUUUAUCCCUCCUCCUGUAUUUACCUACAGAAACACACCUGCAAACCAGGGUUUCAUGUAGGUGCUGACCAUCCAAAUCCAUGUACUCAUAUUGUGAAGCAUGUGCGUUACCAACUGGGCCAUGUGUACAGGUCCAAAUUCCUUAACAAUUCCACAGUGCACUUUUACUAUCCAUUAUUAUUAUACCUGUAAGAAAAUUGGGGCUUAAAGAAGUGAAACAAUAACAUAUGUUCUAAAUCUAGAUACCAUUUGCAGGAAUAAUACUCAAGUCUAUGUAAUGGCAACACCAAUGGCUUUAGAUUUGGAAACUAAACUUCAUUUUAUACUUUAACAUUAAAAUGGAAUUUGAUCCUAUUUUCCCUAUGCUCCUGAUGUAUACUUUAAGCUAGGCUUCAAAGUAAAGCAUAAUUAUAUAGUUUCUGAAGUUCCAUGCUACCCAAUGCUUACUUUAAAUUAUUUUAAUGUUGAUAACAUUUUAUCAGUUCAUUAAUACUGAGGAGAAUUUCACCUUUUUAGUUCAAAAUCCAUGUGCUUAUAACAAAUGUGCAUAUUUCAUACUGUUCUUCUGUUAUAUUUCCAAGAGAAUGAGGUUUUGCAUACAGCAUUCUGUUCACAGAACCUUGGAAGUAGAUCCACAAAGUAGUAACAUUAAUUUCUGAAUUCUCUAGUUUCUGUUACCACUGAUUCAAUGAAAAUGCUCUGAUUGUGUGGUUAAGUUUGAAAAAUUGUACUAAUCUCUUUUCUGCUUGUAUGAGCUUGGAUGCAUAUCUAUUUCUUGCACCAGUAAAAUUGAUGCAAUUAUGCCUCA